CAGCAGUACAGAGAAUGCCAGGAACUUCUGAGCCUUUAUCAGAAGUACCUAGCUGAGCAGCAGGAAAAACUAUCACGCUCCCUUUCUGAACUCAGUGCUGCCAAGGAAAAGGAGCAGAAGGUAUUCAGUAAGACGAGCUCAUGCCAACAACCAUCUUUGGAGCUGGAUGGUUCCUACUUGGAUAUUGCAGGACCUCAAACUGUUUAUAAGAACAGUAGAGCAUCGAAGGCUGGGAGCCCAGCGUGUGUUGCAUUGUCUCAGCCUUGCAGAAAUAAUCACGGUUAUGAGACUAAAACCCACUACAACCGUCAGGAGUGUCUGAAGGAACACCCGGUAGAAAAUCGCUUGCACAGAAAGUGUAACAAUGUGAUUUCCCCAGCCAAGCAGAGGAGCCCUCACCGUGUAAAACCAGCUCGGGAGGUGGAUCAGAAAGCAAAUAAAUUUCCGAGCACGUGCCCUCAGCAGGCGAGUCAUGGUUGUACCUGCAGGCAUGUAGGGAGCUCAGGGAGUGUGCAAGAGAGCCACCAUGUCAGCCAGGUACUUAGAACACACUCUGGGCCGGUUCAGAAAACCUGUGGUUAUUCUAGGCGCUCUCUUGUUUCUGGGCUGAAUGACAGCAUGGACUCGCAGCCUAAGGAAACGGAGCAGGCCAAAAAGUUGUAUGAAGAAAGACGGCAGAAGCUGCUUCUGCAGAAAAUGGAGCUGGAAAUUGAAAAAGAACGACUCCAACAUUUGUUGGCUAAGCAAGAAGCAAAACUGCUACUGAAACAACAGCAACUACACCAAUCCCGCAUGGAUUAUAACAGGUUUAGAGGCCACGGACCUGGCUCAGGAGAUGUACCCAUUGAUGAAGUGCCUGGGGAACUUGCUCUGAUGAUGAACGACAACAGCAUGGGGCUACG